AUGUUGGGUGUCUACAGAUCACCAAGCUCUAGACCGGAGGAUGAUCGAGCUCUAUUAAAUCGCAUUGCCGCAGUCAGUAGGGGAAAUCACUCGCCGAUUAUAGUGGGGGAUUUCAAUCUACCUGGAAUAGAAUGGGAGUAUGAGGACGAGGGAGAUGGGCAAGCAGAACGUGAAUUCAUGGACUGCUUCCAUGCGGCAUCGCUCUACCAGCAUGUGAAAGAACCAACGCGUAUUCGGCUAGGGCAGAGACCGUCCACCUUGGAUCUGGUCUUCACGUGGCAAGAGAGUGAGAUCAGCGACCUAAGGCAGGAGGUUCCUCUCGGUAAAGGCGACCACAAUGUAUUGUUACCAGAAACAUGCAUUGCGAAGGAAAAGCCACCCUGCAGAUGGUGCCGCAAUUUCGGGCAAAUGAUCAUAGAGGACUUGAGGCGAGAUGCUCGGACCAGAGCAUGGUUCCCGCAGGGAACAGAAGCGUUCGUGGAUCAACGAUGGGAGAAAAUUCGCGACCAGCUAAUAGAGCUGACGGAGAGGCAUGCCCCAUUGCAGCCUCGGGGUGAUGCCCACAAACCGCAAUGGUGGAAGCCGGCCAUUAAACGUGCCAUCGGAGAAAGGGCUCAUCGACCACCUAUCGGCAGUCCUGUACGCCCUAAAACUGGCCCAGCAUCUCCUCCGGACUACUAUUUUGCCUUCCACCAAGCUGGUCGUUGCCUGUUGCUCCUAGGUUUGAAUGAUGCAAACCUAUCGGCGUUAGUGUAUCACACUGUGACGGUGUCCACCUCCGCCUUCACACAACUCUUCUCUAUUGCUUGGGAUGGAUCCUCGGACGUAAGGCCCGAGGAGCUAUUACGCUUUUUGACACCAUAUUUGCGGGUACCGGGCAAUCAGGCUCCGUGA